AAAUAGGUACCUAGUAAACUAAAAUGUAUUACUAAAUUCUUUUUACAUGUACUUCGUUAUUUAAUUUAUAAAACAGUGAAAGUAUUUUAGCGUGUUUAACUAACUAAAAUAUAGAAUUUAUAUUUCGCCAUACAUUUUUCACCGAAUCAUAUAGAAAAAUUUAAAAUAUGUCAGCAGCAACUAAAUGUGGUGGCACUGAUACAAAAUUGGCCAGUGAUAUGCAGUCUAAUUGUAUUAAAACCGAUAAUGUUAAGGCAAUGAAUGGAAAAGCUGAUUUACAUAGAAAUAGUAUUGUUCAAGGAAACAAGAGUAAUGGUUAUAAUAAAAUGUCAUCCGGAGAAGAGGUGGUGCCAUGCAUGGAUUGGUCACAGUAUGACACAUUUCCGGGCUCCUUUGAGAAGUGCUCAUUGAUGACAGCCGCACUCACUCACUUUGGCCUAUAUCUGCUUAUGUUCCUUGGCUUUGUUAACCAACUCUUAUUCAAACCAAAAGUUGCGACAGAGAGAAAUAGAGAGGGAUACGCGCCACUGUACAAUCCGUUCGAGCAGUUCUUCUCUCGCUACGUGUACCGGCGCGUGCGACACUGCUUCAACCGGCCCAUUUGCUCCGCGCCCGGCGCUGAACUCACACUCAAGGAGCGGUGUACCGAUGACUACAACUGGUCCUUCAGGUUUACGGGAACAGAGAGGAGAUGCAUCAACCUGGGUUCAUACAACUAUCUCGGAUUUGCGGAGGCUGCUGGCCCGCGCGCGGACGCCGCCGCCGCAGCGACCAAACGCUACGGGCCCGCCAUGGCGUCACCGCGUGCUGAGCUGGGAACCACCGCACUGCACCGUGAAUUGGAACGCACUUUGGCUGAUUUUCUUGGAGUAGAGGAUUGUUGUGUUUUCGGCAUGGGAUUCGGGACAAACGCCCUGGGUUUGCCCGGGCUGCUAUCGGCCGGUACGCUGGUCCUCAGCGACGAGAACAACCACGCGUCACUUAUCCUGGGUCUUCGCCUGGCGCGCGUCACUGUGCGAGUGUUCAAACACAAUGACGUGCGCCACGCCGAGCGCCUCGCCAGAGACGCUAUCGCCGAGGGAACGUGGAAGCGAAUUGUGCUGGUUGUCGAAGGGGUGUACAGUAUGGAGGGGUCCGUGGUACCCCUGGGCGCGUUGGUGGCGCUGAAGAAACGCCUCGGUCUCCAUCUUUAUUUGGACGAGGCGCACUCGAUCGGCGCUAUGGGGCCUACGGGACGCGGCGUCACAGAGUACUGUGGAGUAUCGCCGAAAGACGUCGAUGUACUCAUGGGUACAUUCACGAAGAGUUUCGGCGCGGCCGGCGGGUACAUAGCGGGUCCGAAACGUUUGGUCGAUCGCGUGCGGUCGGCUGGGCACGCACACGCGUACGCACAUUCUAUGGCCCCGCCCGUCGCCGCGCAAGUGUUGGAAGCGACGCGUGCGAUCGCCGCGCCUGAGGGACAGAAGCGUGUACGCACGCUGAGAGAGAACACCCACUACUUCCGUAAAAGGUUGCGUGCGAUGGGAGUGAUUAUACUUGGACACGAAGACUCGCCUGUUGUACCAAUGUUGGUGUACACGUUUAGCAAGAUGGCUGGUACCGUAGAAAGGCUCACGGAGCGGGGAGUGGCGACCGUCGGUGUGGGCUUUCCGGCUACGCCACUCAACAAGGCUAGAAUACGAUUCUGUCUAUCAGCGGCUCAUACUCGGGAACAGUUGGAUCGCUGUCUCGAUGCCAUCGAAGAGGUGGUGGACGAAGUGGGUCUCCGUUACUCCCGCAAACACCCGCGCACGCACUAGCGUCGCGCACGCACGCCAGCGUACACGCACGUAACUACCGACAUUUCUAUA